AUGGAAGGCUCAUGGGUUCGACCUUGGCAACCAUCGGUGGCAACCUAUGAUGAAGCAGGUAACGCUUUACUACACAGCUACAUAGAGCAUCACCCUGAGUUUCGACGUCCAUCCGAACGUAGACAAAAAGAUUUGAAACCCCGACUACGUUCAGCCACGGCGCAAAUUCAUCAGAGUCCAUAUCAACCCCAGUUUUGGCUGGAAAGAGCCCGCAUCCUGUUGAAGCUAUGGUAUCCGGAAUUAGCUGCGUCAGAUUGCUACAAGGCAUAUCUUCUACUUGACAGAAAUAAACACUUUCAGGUCGCAUCGGAGGCAAGGUUCUGGCAAUCGAUGUCGGAUGCCAAAUUCCUGCUCGCACAAGCCCUUUUUUUCGCCAACUGCUUCUACGAAUGUGCCAAUCUUUUGAAGACCUAUGUCCAGAGCCAUGAAGGGGAAGUUCUAUUGCACUUCGCAAAGAAGGCACUAGCAAGAGAUGUCGCCUACCACAAUCAAGACGAGGAAUUUCAAAACAUGGAGACGUACGCACAGGAGGAACAAUUAGCAAUGGGAGAGAUUAUCACCGCUCCGUAUCCAUGGGCUCAGCAUGUCAAGAGGAGAAAGUUAAUAAUUGAUGACGCGAAUAAGGAACUCGAUGACCUAUCCGAUUCACGCUGCGUUAUUGAGCCUUCUCCAUAUCUAUCAUCAAAACUUACACCCAAAAAGAUAGGUGUGAACUCUGGUUCCUAUGGAGUGUAUGCAACAGAGCCAAUAUCGAACGAUGAAUUGCUGUUUGAGGAAGCGACUGUCCUUUGUGGAAUCGAAAUGAGAGGAAGCCUUGAUCGUUGCUACGGCUGCGCUUCUGACCUGUCGACACUCACCUGCCGACUGGUGUGCAGGGGCAAGUUGUUUUGCAGUCGCUCGUGCGUCUCAAGGAUUGAAGAGACAUGUGACUUUCCGUUCCCCAAGACACACCAACCUUCGGACCCGUCUUUGGGCUUUCAUCAGAAUACCACGCAGAGUAAAGACAAAGAGGCAGGACAUGACUUGUUGACUCGAGUUUUCGCCACAACUAUGAAGUUCGCCAACCAAAGUCCACAGAAUCACCCUCUUAAUGCACCCUUGGUUGUUCGACUCAUGUCAAAUUACUCGAAGAAAACGAACUUUUCACUUUCCUCAAACAUCAUCGAGCCCAUCGACAUUCUCAAAGCCCUCGGCGUUGACAUCUUUUCAGAUACGCGCUAUGAAAGCUGGGUGGUGCAGACUAUUCUUGCACGCAUAGAAGUGAACAGCCGGCAAUGUGAUCCGUCUGGUCCUCAUCUGGUCGCAAUCAACUCUCUUUACUGCUUCUUCAACCACAGUUGUUCUCCCAAUGUCAAAGUCGAAGAUCACCCGUCAGGGUCGAGUGAAUUGCUUGUGAGCGCCACCCGGGACAUCAAGCCGUACGAAGAACUGUGUAUCACCUAUCUGGAUGAAGAUCAAUUGCAACUUUCAUACGAAGAACGAAGAAAGGCCCUAUGGCCUUGGACAGGUGGCGAUUGUCGAUGUGAUAGGUGUGAUAAAUCUCGCCAACGACGACGCGCUCACGCGAAACGCUUUUGCAAAGCUACUUGA